GCCUCGACCAGAAAACAUUCCUUCACAGCCAAACAACAUUCAUCCUAACCCACAACAAAAUAUUCCUUUUGUCUGAGGACACCCACCUACCAUUCAUUUCGACAGAUCAAACAUUAUUACAAUGCCCGAAAGACGACAAGCAACGUCAAGCACCAGCAGCACCUCCCGCCCCACAACGGGAGUCCGUCGCAACCUUUUCCACCAACAUCUCAGCCGCCGACCUACAACCAGCUCUACGUCCACCUCUACAGAAACACUACGUCUAGACAUUGAGCCGGAAUCCGAUUCCUCUGAAAUAGUAAUUAGGGAUAAGAAUGGGGAGUUCGAGAUAGGGGAUUUGCCAAUGACUUCGUUCGACGAUGAGCAUGAAGAAGGAGUUGAUACGCAGGAGGAGGAGAGUGAGCAUACACGUUCUGACAUGGAUGGAUGGGAGGCUGAUACUGGGAUAGAGGAGCGCCAAAGAUUGGCGGAUGCGGUGAAGCAUCAUCAGAGAGAUAGGAAUAGAGCUCCUAGUGAGCCUGCUGAACUUCUCGAUGCUGUAAAGGCCAGUCUGCGAGCGAAGAUGGCACUAUUGGCAGAGGACAAUUGGAUGUACGAAGCCGAGGAUGAUCAUUCGAUGCGUUAGAAUGAGAUGGGAAGAGUUUUGGAUUUCCUUUGCAUUCACGGCGUUCACGAUACCCU